AUGGCCACCGAUACCGGCUCUCGUGGGUGCUGUAGCAGCCACACGAGCGAGGACAACGGUGUCAAUGGCACCGCCAAUGGUCAAAAUGGCAGUCAUGAGGGGUUCACCGCAGUUCAGACCCGACAGAACCCUCACCCACACGUCUCAAGGAAUCCCUACGGCCACAAUGCUGGCGUCACAGAUUUCCUCAGCAACGUCUCCAGAUUUAAGAUCAUCGAGAGCACUCUAAGAGAGGGCGAGCAGUUUGCCAACGCCUUCUUCGAUACUGAGAAGAAGAUCGAAAUUGCAAAGGCAUUGGAUGAUUUCGGUGUUGACUAUAUCGAACUCACCUCGCCAUGUGCCUCUGAGCAGUCAAGAAAGGACUGUGAAGCUAUUUGCAAGCUGGGAUUGAAGGCAAAGAUCCUCACACAUAUUAGAUGCCACAUGGACGAUGCCCGGAUAGCGGUGGAAACUGGUGUCGACGGAGUCGACGUUGUCAUCGGAACCUCCUCCUAUCUCCGUGAACACUCCCACGGCAAGGACAUGACUUACAUCAAGAGCACGGCCAUCGAAGUCAUCAACUUUGUCAAGUCCAAGGGCAUUGAAGUCCGCUUCUCCAGUGAAGACUCCUUCCGUUCCGACCUCGUCGAUCUCCUCUCCAUCUACUCCGCCGUCGACCAAGUAGGCGUCAACCGUGUCGGUAUCGCCGACACUGUUGGCUGCGCGUCUCCUCGUCAAGUAUACGAGCUCGUCCGUGUGCUUCGUGGGGUUGUCAAGUGUGACAUCGAAAUCCAUCUGCAUAAUGACACUGGCUGUGCCAUUGCCAACGCAUACUGCGCUCUUGAGGGAGGCGCCACGCAUAUCGAUACCUCCGUCCUAGGUAUCGGUGAGCGAAACGGUAUCACCCCUCUUGGUGGUCUCAUGGCCCGUAUGAUCGCCGCCGACCGCGACUACGUGCUUAGCAAGUACAAGCUCGAGAAGAUCAAGGACAUUGAAGAUCUCGUUGCCGAGGCAGUCCAGGUCAACAUCCCCUUCAACAACCCCAUCACUGGCUUCUGCGCCUUCACUCACAAGGCUGGCAUCCACGCCAAGGCUAUCCUCAACAACCCAAGCACCUACGAGAUCAUCAACCCAGCCGACUUCGGCAUGACCCGUUAUGUGCACUUUGCCUCUCGCUUAACGGGCUGGAACGCAAUCAAAUCGCGUGCUCAGCAGCUUAACCUCCAAAUGACGGAUGCACAGUACAAGGAGUGCACAGCCAAGAUCAAAGCUCUGGCUGACAUUCGACCCAUCGCCGUCGAUGAUGCUGACAGUAUCAUUCGCGCGUAUCACAGGAACAUCAAGCUAGGCGAGGAUAAGCCGCUUCUGGAUCUGACCGAGGAACAGAAGGUAGAGUUCGCCGCGAAGGAGAAGGAGCUCGCAGAGAAGGGUGUCGAGGUUUCGGCGUAA